AUGGCUACCAUCCCUAUAGCGGAUGAUAAAGUUAAUCCUAAAGCUUAUCCUUUAGCGGAUCAGCAAUUGACCAUCAAGAUUUUAGAUCUUGUACAACAAGCUGUCAAUUACAAGCAACUGAAAAAAGGAGCCAAUGAAGCAACCAAAGCCUUAAAUCGUGGUAUCUCGGAAUUUAUCGUUAUGGCUGCCGAUACAGAGCCACUGGAGAUUUUAUUACAUCUACCCUUGCUAUGUGAAGAUAAGAAUGUGCCCUACGUAUUUGUUAAAUCCAAACAUGCUUUAGGUAGAGCGUGCAACGUUACUCGUCCGGUAAUUGCUUGUGCAGUAACGGCCAAUGAAGGAUCGCAAUUAAAGCCUCAAAUCUUGUCGAUACAACAAGAAAUCGAAAGAUUAUUAAUUUAG